AUGGACGACUCGAACCGAAUGAGGAGGCAGAAUGAACCGCCCGUUCAUUCGAACCCCAACCAGAGAUAUCCACUUCACGAUCAAUCCCAGCAGCGCCGCUCACUCACUGGAGUCUCCAACGACAGAUAUCGCCCUGCGUCUCUUGCUACCCCGUCAUCGUCAGGGAGAGGCAUGGGAGGUGCGGGUAACUACAGUGGCUAUUAUCAAGAACCCAGUGCAUCAUUCCCUACAGCAAACAUGGCUGGGACAGCCAUUGCCUACGGCUCUGACUAUGGGCAAGACUCCCGCCAGCAGCAGCAAAGCUUUGGCGGUUAUGGCACUGCAGGUACGAUGAUGUACAACGUUGGCCAACCGGGCGCGCAUAACCCAGUAUACGACACGCAACAAUUCAGUUCACGGCAACCUGCAGCUAUGCAAAUGAUGACACCAGAUGUCGCCUCAACCUACUUUGGGUCUGAGACGGGGAACUCGGGCGGCCCGAGUAUGCAGCAAUCAACACAUGGCUCGAGCGGAUCUGCCAACGUUUACCAACAAAGCAAUGCCAUGAAUUAUGCGAGUAACAGUAUGUCAAGCGUGAGCGCAAUACCACAAGCGACAGCGAGCGCCGAUGUCUCUAUGACGGAGGAGCACGAGUACGGAGAGGGCGCCCUUGAGGAGAAAUGGGUCAGUUACCAGAGGCAAUUAGGGAGCAUAUUUCAGGAGAUCGUCAAUGGAUCUCUCGAAAGUGCAUCUGAAACAUUGCUCAGCGUGACUAGUUGGCUGUUGUCUCAGGUGGCGGACUUGGGACUCAAUCUAGAUGAUACCAACCUUCAUGCUGAUCGUAUUCAGUUGUGGAACGACUUUAACCACGCUUGGUUAGGUUUAGGCCAGCGGCAAAUCGACCUUAUGGUUUCGAACCAACAACUUUCGAGAUCACAAAGCCUUGUGUCAAAAGAUAUGAUUACAAAACUAGGUAACGAAUUAAUACGACUAUGUGACGGUAUCGAGCGCCACGGGUUGGUAGACUAUCAGUACGGAGUGUGGGAAGACCAAAUAACUGCUGUCCUCGAAGACUGCCUGGACCUAUAUGAAGCUUCAGAAGAAGACAGUGACAGUGGCAAUCGAUAG